UGCGACGCACUCACACACAAGACCAACUGCGACGCAACUCUGACUCGGAGACGGAGGGUGAGCAGCGGCAGAGAAACUUUCUGGAUGUAUGUUUUUGAAAUCUGACUAAUGCUUUCACCAGAAAUUAAACUGGGAAGGGAGAAAUAAAUGGGAGAACUUGAAUCGCUCCAGUCGUGUGCACGGUUCAGUUUCGCCAAGUUUGUGUUUUAGACCAUCCGACCUGCUUCUGUCCGUGCGGGCGCAGUAGCAGCAGAGGAGGAGGCUGGAUGUGGCAAGAGACGGGUCACUGAAGUGCUGUGCGCCGGGUGCGAGUCCCCCAGUCCCCAGCUCUCCAAUGUCACAGGACAGGAUGAUGAUCAUUGGACUUCUGUUGAACGUCUUCUCUCAUGGUAAUGUGCCAGUAUCCGCAUCCUUAGACUGUCUAGAGGCAGAGCAGGGCUGCGUCCAGGAUCAGUCCUGCAUGGUCCUCUAUCGACUGUUGGAGUACUGUGCAGCUGAGGAGGCGGUGUCACCCCUUGGUCCAGACGCCCGUUUAGAGUGCCUGGAGGCCCAGAACUCCUUGCAGCAUUAUCGCCCCCUUCAAGUUUGUAAGUGUAAGCGUGGGUCUCGCAGGGAGGGACACUGCCUCAGGGUCUACUGGACUGUGAGAUUUGGAGCAUAUGAUGAGUAUGAAGUGUCUCCAUAUGAAGAACUGGAGUUAAAUCUGGUGAAAAACAUUGAGAUGUCACGUAUGGCCUCCAUCAUGGCAGCUUCUUCUCUUUCUGUGGAUGGCCAAAACCAGUGUCUGAAGGCAGCUCAGGACUGUGGCCUGUAUGAGAAAUGUGGCUCCCUCCGGUCAGAGUAUGUCGUAGCCUGUACCAAGCGAGCAACAGCCGCUGACAACAGCUGUAACCGCCAGAAAUGCCACAAAGCCCUACGGCGCUUCCUGGAGCGUGUGCCAGAAGAGUACGGCUUUGCUCUGCUCUUCUGUCCCUGCUCUGACACUCUGUGCGGAGAGCGCCGGAGGAAAACCAUCGUCCCGUCGUGUUCCUAUGAGGAGAAUAGAGAUGAGCUGUGCAGAUCGCGGUUUGCUGAUUUCCAACACAACUGCCAGCCCUCCUCUCUCUCUGCCUCUGGCUGUGUGCGAGAGAGCAGAGCCAUGUGUCUGAAGGCCUACGCUGGACUCAUAGGAACCAUCAUGACUCCAAACUAUGUGAGCAACAGCAGCACAGAUGUGUCCCAGUGGUGCACAUGUGACGGCAGUGGGAACGAAUGGCAGGGCUGUCAGCGCAUCCUGCAUAUGUUCAGCAACAAUAUAUGCCUGAGCAAUGCCAUCAGCUCCAUGGGAAUCUCCGCACCUCCUCCUGUUGAAAACGCUCCUGUGCCAGGUUCUCAGCCCUCCCCUCGCAUCAACCAAGAGAGGGUCCACGACAGUGUUAACACUCUUCCUGAAUUCAACAGUAUGGAAGACAGCGAGGAAGAGGAGCGGAAAGAGGAGGAAUUCAACGUCAUCCCUCCGUAUUCUGAGAAGGACUCUAACAUUGAUUCGGGGGACAGAGGGAGUCAGCGAGGAGCAGCCAGCCAGACACUACCUGUGUUACCAUUAUUGCUGCUGCCUACGCUCAUCCUGGACUGGGAGUGUUGGUGCUGCUGAUGUCCCUGUCUCAUCCUCUGCUUGUAUUUUACACUCGCUAUCAUUUUCACAACUAUCACAGCCCUCAGAAUGAACCACAGAGGACUAGUGUGAAAGGAAAGAAAUGGAAAUGCUUCUCCUCAACAUUUCUUUUUCUUUUUUUUUUUUUUUAAUAUCCCCACUUGUGAUUUGUUUCUCGUAUUACUGCCUCUUCAAGAGUUAAAAGAUAACUGCAGUCCUGCUGUAUCUGCCACAUCUUUGCUUGAGUCCUCUCUGAAUGGAAGGGUACAACAUGAGUAGGUACAUGAGUGCAUGGGUGAAUUAAGAAUUGCUGCCUGGGCAAAUAGAGCCUGCUUCACACUCAAGUACACCCCCUCUUUUAACAAAAAGCACAUCGCCCAAGGCCACAUCCACUAUACGUGCUCCCAAAAAGCAUAACAAGUCGACUCCACUGCAUCUGGGCCUGAGCACAGGUUUUGAUUUCUAUUUCAUGACUUGUGUCACACCCGUUUCUCUGUUGCACCCCAGGGCUCUUCCUCUCCAUCCCCCAUAUUGUGGUUCAAUAAGUAAUAUCACUGUACAAGAAGCCGAUAAGUAACUUCACCGGACUUAAACUGCUUAAAAAAAUACGUUUUAAAAUCACUUCAUUUAAAAACCUGAUAGGACGUGUUGUCACAUUUUGUAUAGGAGAUCUUUUGCCUUUUCAGCCUUUGGUCCUUCUCACUUUGUGCACCAGAAAGUACAACAGUCACACUGCUCUGCUUCUUUUGAUACUACACCACUUAGUAUUAUUCCCACCAGGGUGAGAGACUGAGAUCUCAACCACGGGCAAAAGUAAUAAGAGCAAAUUCUAUUGUAGCAAUGACGAGCAGAGAAAAGCAACAUAAGCAAUUACAACGCAACUCAAAUUGUUCAGCAUGCAGGGAAAGUCUGGAGUAAGGCUCAGGGGAGGGAGUAGCCAAUUUACCGCUGUCAUACCCUCUCACUUUUUUUUUCCUUAGGAGAUGUGUUUUUAGUGCUUCUUCUCUAUCUGUAGCUUUAGAUGUUGUAAGAGCGCGAUGCGGAGAUAGAGACGGACACAGGAGGCUGUAAAGCCUGCUGGCUGUUUUAAUCAUUGAGCAGCACAUUGAGCCAUUCUCUCUGCCUGAAAUAUCUUUUGCUGAUGUUAAUGAUUUUUUUCUCUUAUGGCUCAUUUUCUUGUGAAAUUAUGCAGCUGCGGGGGUGUAGGUAAAGAGAAGUGUAGUGAAGUUUUUCAAGAUAAACUUGUCUAAUCUCAGGAUGAGUUUGCAAGAAAUGACCCUGCUGAGCUCUAGAAGGAAACUUUCUUGUAUAUGUUCAUUUUUAUUAAAUCUGAUUCUGAUUUUUAGGAGUCAGAGUUUGCCUUGCAGCUGUUACCUGCUUCAAGGCAACAUGACAUCAUGUAGCUUUCUGACCAUAUUCUCAUUAGGGGUUUGUUCCACGAAGCUAAGAAGUAGAUGAGAAAAAGGCCAGUUAACAGAACUCUGAAGUGUGACUACAAGUUUAGCAGGUACAAGUCUGGUAUCCAGGUACGUGAACUAGAACCAGACACAUUUUGAUCAUAAACAUGCUACAGAAACAUUACACAUGUCAGUGUUGCAGCUGCAGUGAGUCAAAGUUUCAAAUGAACAGCAUCCAGUGACAAGUGACAAUAUCCGGUGCGCUCUGGCCUUAAUGACUGAAUGUGAGUUUACAUGUAUUUUCACAUUUCAGUAGGUUUGUGUAUAUUUGUAAACUAUGUAAAGUAAAUGUUUCCAUCAUACACAGCUUGUAUUUUUAACCAUUUGAGGAGUUUAAAAGAAAAAAGUUAUUCUCCAUUCAGAAAUGAACUUCUAUAAGAAAAUGUGACGAUUUCCCAGUUUAUUCACUUCUUAGAUCACAUUUUGAAAAUCCAGUUGAGAAUCUAAGUACAGUAAUGAGCUUGACACAGUAACCUUGUCUAAAAUACAUAUCAAACAUUGAACAUCAUAUCAUUCUUACUACGCUUAUAAUGUGUAAUAACUGUGUAAUUUUGUGACAAUUUGUUAAAAGAAAAAUAAAAGCCACACUGGAAUGUAACAGAAAAAAAUCCGCUUUGCUUUAAAUGUCUAAGAAAUGGCCGUGCUGUGUGUGACCCUCUAACAUUUAAUAUAUUUUUUCUCUUAACAUGUCAUUUCAUAUGUGGCACAAAGAGGCUGAGAUACUCUGAUGGUAUUAGGAGUGUUGUUGACUAGUGUAGUGACAAUUUCGGUGCAAACUGAUGAGUGAAUUGCCCUUUUUGAAUACAUAUUAAGAUGUACAGCUUUCAUACCAUUUGUUUUGAUUAAAAGCCUGAACGGUUUGGAUCUGUAAAUAAAAGAUAA